CCGCCGGCCGCCCGGCCGCGUAGACGGGGCGGCACGGCCGCCUCUCCCCGCGCAGCCGCCGCUCUGCCGGCGGCCGCCAUGGAGGAUGUCGGCUCGGGCGUGAACGCGGACGCCGAGGUGCGGAAGCUUCAGGAGCUGGUGAAGAAGCUAGAGAAGCAGAAUGAACAGCUCCGCAGCCGCCACGGCGCCCUGCCCGCUGCCCCCGCCAGCCCCAAGCGCCUGCCGAGCGUCGGGCCCUCCUCGCCGCCCCCCGCCGCCUCCUCGUCGCCCGACGGGCGCUGUCUCAGCCCCAGGGCCGCCGCCCGGCGCUCGCUCCCCGAGGAGCCCGGCGGUGUCGAUGGGGGCAGCGGCGGCAAUGGCCUCCUGGACGACGCGGCGGUGCUCAGGCCGGAGGAGCUGGAGCGGCUGGCCGGCUGCGAUGAGGACGAGACCGGCUGGUUAUAUACAUCUCCAAAGAAGAAACUGAAUCCACUGCAAAAAAGUGUCAGUCCAUUGGUUUGGUGCAGACAGGUACUGGAUUACCCAAGUCCUGAUGUUGAAUGUGCUAAAAAAUCACUGAUCCACAAGCUGGAGCAAACAAUGUCAGCUCUCAAGAGACAGAGUUUGUACAGCAGCCCCUUCAGUGCGGUCAGUUACGCGAGCUCCUACAGUCCAAAUACUGGUAGCCCCUACAGCAGUGGCUUCAACUCUCCCUCCUCAACACCAGUGAAAUCUGCUUUAGUGAAACAGCUCAUACCUCCUGGUACCUCAGGUCAUCUUAAAAUUUCAGGAGAUAGAAAUCCUCCACUAAGUCCACAGUCUUCUCUGGACAGUGAAUUAAGUGCAUCAGAGAUGGACGAAGACUCUAUUGGGUCUAAUUACAAGCUAAAUGAUGUUACAGAUGUGCAAAUUUUAGCACGAAUGCAGGAAGAAAGCCUGCGGCAAGAGUACGCAGCCACAGCUUCUCGGCGUAGUUCUGGCUCCUCUUGCAAUUCCACCCGGCGAGGCACGUUCAGCGACCAGGAGCUUGAUGCACAGAGCUUAGAAGAUGAGGAAGAUGGCACACAUCACACAGUGCACCCUGCUGUUAGCAGGUUCUCACCAUCACCUCGCAGUUCUCCCUGGCCUUCACCAAAACAAUCACCCAGAAACUCACCUCGCUCCCGAUCGCCUGCUCGAAGCAUAGAGUACAGUAGAGUGUCACCACAGCCUAUGAUUAGCCGUUUACAGCAACCUCGUCUUUCACUUCAAGGCCAUCCUACAGACUUGCAAACUAGUAAUGUCAAAAGUGAAGAAAAACUAAGGCGUAGUCUUCCAAACUUGUCCAGGACAUCUAACAUCCAAGCUGAGUCUGUGAAAAACAGCAGAAGUGAAUCAAACUUCCAAGUGCCAAAUGGAGGAAUACCUCGCAUUCAACCUCAAGCCUCAGCCACUCUGCAAAGGCAGAAAAAUUUGCCUCGUGCUGCCUUCAAAACCAAACAGUUUCUUCAAACUCCAUCUACAAAAGGAGUACCUUCUUCGAGUAAAUUCCGCUCGCCUGCAGCACCGUCUCCCUUAGCUCUGCGACAGCCCGUGAAAGCGUUCAGUAGCCACGCACCGGGCUCGGCUGCCGCUCCAGAAGCCGCACAGCUGACGCACAGUAGUUCUUCACCAGGGCCUCUUGCAGCCCAGAGCUCAGCCUUGCCGAGCCCUGCCAGCAGUAUUAACAGCACUACUCUUACCAGACCAGCAGGGAUGAGGAGUGGUUUGCCCAGACCCAGUGCCCCUUCCACGGGGGGCAUCCCAGUGCCUCGUAGCAAACUUGCACAGCCUGUUCGCAGAUCAUUACCCACUCCCAAGACAUAUGGCAACGUGAAAGAUGAGAGUUGGAAAGAUGGCUGCUACUGAUCUGCACAACUUAAUGCAGAGUUCCAGUGCUCAUGGAUACUUCCUCACCAGGCUAAAAGACAGCUUGAUUAAACAAACUGUUCAGAUGUGACUCUUGGAAUUUGUAAAAAUUCCAAACCUCUCUGUCUCUAAUUAGCACAAACUGGCAGAGAUUAUUAUGAAGCAGCACUUUAAUGACAUCUAACAUCAGAUGUUUGGUGGUCAUACAAUCACUUCUACAUUAAAUUGCUAUCAGUUCUGGGGGCUUUUUAUUGCUUGCUAAAAAUGUUAUCAAUAUGAGCAUUUAUGAGAGUGGCCAAUGUCAGGGCAAAAAAAAAUGAAUGCCAAAGAAAUGCCCAUCUUGAAAAACAGCAAGGAUAACUAUCAACAUACAUUAUCCAAAACUUCAUUUUCAGCCUGCUUUAACUCAGCAGAAAGACUGGUGAAUAUGUACUAUUGGAACAAGGCUACAUGAAUCAGAACUAAUGUUCUGAUUGCAGAUUGCUACAGUGCUAGGGAAAUGUUGCUUUUAACAAUUGUAUAAGAUCCCAGCUGGGACUGGAUCCAUCCUUCAGUACUGCAGGAAGAAUCAGCAGUUACUCUGGAGGAUUAGGCAGAACAGGGGGUUGUAGCCAUGACUUUUCUCACAUGAAAAGUUUGAAUGUAGCAGACACACAAUGCAAUAGUAUAGAUUGCAUCUUUCCUAUGUUGAUUUAUUGGCUUUACCUACUCUUACGUGUGAUCGCCAAAAGGGCUUAGUAUCAGUUGUACAAUCUUUCUAACCUUAAACUCCUUGCUCAGGAAAGAUGGCCUUCACUAUUGUAGCCACAUUUUUAACACAUGGCUUGCUAUUUGGGGAAAACUUUUUUAAUAGCAGGUUUCCUUGCAAAAGAAAGAGCAAGUGAUAAUUUUGAUUUGUUAUAAUACCAUACCACUAUACUUGCAGCCUGCAGCAACUGUAAAUGCUGAUAGUUAAGGAGAAGGAAACACAACUAUGCACUUGUAACAUACAAAUUUUAAGGAAAUGAGUUGACUCUUGAUGCCAAAUGAUAUUCAUUUAGGUGAUGUUCCAUGGUAUGAGGGAGUUUUCUGUAUCCUAUUUUUUUACUUUCAUCCAUUUCUUAAAUUGGUUUAUUUUAAAUUGUAAAUAUUUUUACAGAAGAUAUUGCCCAUGUAAGUGUGUUUAAAUAUAUACUUUGCCUUACAUAUGUGUAUCUUACAUUACUGGUAACAGAGUAUGAAACCUGCUGUGUCUGUUUACAAGCUAUUAAACUCCUCUGGUGGCUCUGACUUACUCAAAAACAUUUUGCUCAGAACAACUGAUAUAUUUAGCAUUGAACCAUUGUUUUCUGUUUUGGAAGACAUCAUGCAAAAAUCUGUAGCUUAAGUUGUAUUGGGUGGGACUAGUUAAGUGGAAGGGAUUUUGUUUGAAGGUUUUCAAUAUUUUGGAUGUACAGCUGAUGAAGUAAGAGAAUGUGAAUGAUAUAUCCUUUGUGCAAUGGCUGACAAACACUACAAGUCAGAUUGGACGGUAGGUAGCCUUCAACCCCAUUAGUUAGUGAGUUUGGGACUGCUGGUGUAUUCUGCCUCCCACCACUAAGAGGAUAACUAAUCCUGAAAUUCUAGCACUUGAAUUUUAGGCCAACAUUAACAUAUUCCUGGAUGAAAAGCCAUGCAAUACUACUUGACUUGGAAGAAACCAAAUAGGAAGGAGUGGAGACUAACUUGCAACUUAAACUACUCAAGCAAGCUCUGGGUUGAUGGGUGGCUUCACACCCGAGACCAAGAUCUGUGCUAAGAUUUCAAAGUUGGGGUGUCAAAUAUACUGUAAUUGUCAAAUUUCAGCAGAAACCACCUUUUACCAGUACAGAGUAGUACAUACUACUAAUCUAGCCUUGAUUCACCUGCAGGUACAGGGAAUGGAUGUCGGUAUCUGAUGUCACUGUUCAGCAGAAGACAGGACUAGAUAGAUCAAA